CGCUGCUUUAAAUACUUACUGAGAAAUAAUUGAAACUAUUUAUAUUUUAAAUGUUAUUUUUACACAUACCGAAAUAUAUUUUCGGUAACUUGACUUAACUUAAAAACGCGUCACAGUAGUAACAUCACGUUAGUACUGUGACGAAUUUUAAAAGUCGUGUAUUUAUUUUAUUGGGAGAACAUGUGGAUAGACGAAAUUGAGUAAUUUUAGUAUGAAUAUGAAUAUCAAUCGAUUAAUUUCGACGAAAGGAUUAUUAUGUAUAUUAUCUAUGUGCUUAUUAUCAUGCUUGAGAUCAGAAACAGUUAUUCAAGGAGUUAAAGAACUUUUGGACGGUAUCUCCAGCGUUAUGGAUGAUGUGUCAUUUGGAGUGAAACAAGUUCGACAAAGUUUGGAUGCUGUGGAAGAAGUAGUUAAAUAUUCUCAAGGAAAACCUUGCGAAUAUCAAUGCCCUCCAGGAAAAAGACUAAAAAGAAAUAAAAAUUAUAAUCCUGUACCUCAGGGAUGUGGAUCUUAUGGAAUUCAGGUUAUAUUAAAUCUUCCAUUACUAAAAGAUGUUCAUAAGUGCUGUGAUAAACAUGAUAUUUGCUAUGGUACAUGCAUGAGUUCCAAAUUUAAAUGUGAUUCAGAAUUUGAAAAGUGUCUUUAUAAUAAAUGUGAGAAACAAGCCAAACACCUGAAGGAUGAUGUAAGAAAAUGCACUGGAAUUUCCAAGCUGUUUCACAUGGGAGUUCAAGCUCUAGGAUGUAAAGCAUUUUUGGAUUCACAAGCAGAAGCAUGUAUAUGUAGUGAACACGAUGAAUUGUAGAUGUAUAAAGUGUGUUUUUUCUGACAUUUGUUCAAAUUAGUCAAGCCAAAUUAAAAGCAUAAAUUCUAACGGGUAAAAUAAAUAAUUGCUUUCAGUAUAGUUAUAGCUGUGUAUAAAAUUUAAAAAAAUAUAAAAUAUGUGAUAAUUUUAUAGUUUUUA